AUGUCGAAAUGGAUGAUGGGAGACCGGUUUGAUACGGUGUAUCCUCACAAAGGAUCUAUCAAAGCUCUAUGGGAGACAAAGUGGAAGUUUUGCUCCCAGAAAUCCAUCUAUCCUUUCCACGAUGGAUCAUUCGAGGACUUUGAGCCUAUUUUCGAGAAGUUGAUUGCCGACAACAUCAACGACCCUUUCACAGACGCCUACACCAAAACCUUCCUACCAAUCGUAGACAACCUCGAGAAACAAGCCACCCAAGCUCUCGAGUACGGCCACCCCGAUCGCGCCGCCGAUCUCUACCGCCGCGCAUCAGUCGUCCUCCGCAUCGCCCGCUUCCCCUACGUAAGCCCAACCACACGUCCAGACAACGCAAUCAAGCGUGCAACCUUCGACCGCCAGAAAGACCUCUACCUCAAGGCCGCAUCCCUGUGGAACCCCAUCAUCAAAGAAGUGAUUAUCCCACACACGCACCGCGCCGCAAACGAUGGACCCAGCAUCCCGCUGUACGUUCGCGUUCCCAACGAAGCGAGCGCCUCGAACCCCGUUCCUGUCGUCUUGCUUAUGACCGGGCUGGACGGGUACAGGCCUGACAAUAGCCAGCGGACGCAUGAGAUCAUCAACCGCGGCUGGGCGGCGGUUAUCUGUGAGAUUCCUGGUACGGCAGACUCGCCGGCUGAUCCUGCGGAUCCGGAGUCGGCGGAUCGGCAGUGGACUGCUGUGUUGAAGUAUAUGGCGCAGCAGCCCGAGUUUGAUAUGAGUCGUGUUGCGGCUUGGGGUCUUAGUGCUGGUGGCUUCUAUGCUAUUCGGGCGGCUUGUACGCAUCGGACUCAGCUUGCGGGUUCGGUGGCUCAUGGCCCUGGAUCGCAUCAUUUCCUUAGUCCUGAGUGGUUGGCUAAGGUGAAUGAUCAUGAGUAUCCGUUUACGAUCACGGAUUGCUGGGCUGAGAAGUAUGGCUAUUCUAGCACGGAUGAUUUCAUCAAGAACUCGCAGAAGAAGUUCUCGCUCGUUGAGACUGGUGUUGUUGAUCAACCUAACUGCCGAUUGCUGUUGCUUAACGGCGUGAACGAUGGUGUCGUCCCAAUUGAGGAUUGCCUGGUACUGUUCAACCACGGUGGAGCAAAGGAAGGUCGCUUUUUUGAAGGUAUGGUGCACAUGGGAUACCCGAAUAGUCUGCCAGUCUCCUACAAGUGGCUGGAGGAUGUGCUCUCUCCCAACAUAAUGGAGGUCAAGAACUAG